UUUUUCUUCUUCUAACUUCCCCUGCGGUGGCAGAGGAGAUAAAUAUUAGCGAAACAAAAGUCCAGAAUGUUAAGGUUGCCACUCUCACUUCCUCUCUCCCAUUAACCCAGUACUACUUUGAAUAGGGUAAGUGCCCUGGGGCACCGAGCUGGGGAGAGAAGACAACAGUGCCUUGGAGGCUGCCCUGACGGCAGAACGCAGAGGGCCAUGCUUUCACAGGGCCACUCCUGGUCACAGAAAAUGCCAGGAUGAUGCCUCACACUCACCUAGCUGCGGCUCUGAUGACAGCCAUGGCCUUUCUCUCCUGCCUGAGAUCCGAGAGCUGGGAACCCUGUGUGCAGGUGGUUCCUAACAUUAGUUACCAAUGCAUGGAGCUGAAUCUCUACAAAGUCCCUGACAACAUCCCCACAUCGACCAAGAUACUGGACCUCAGCUUUAACUACCUGAAUCAUUUAGGCAGCCAUAGCUUCUCCAGCUUCCCAGAACUGCAGGUGCUGGAUUUAUCCAGAUGUGAAAUUCAGAUGAUUGACGAUAAUGCGUAUCAGGGGCUAAACCACCUUGCCACCUUGAUAUUGACGGGAAACCCUAUCCAGAGUUUAGCCCUGAGAGCCUUUUCUGGAAUACCGAGUUUACAGAAGCUGGUUGCUGUGGAGACAAACCUAGCAUCUCUAGAGGACUUCCCCAUUGGACAUCUCAAAACUUUGAAGGAGCUUAAUGUGGCUCACAAUCUUAUACAUUCCUUUAAGCUACCUAAAUAUUUCUCUAACCUGCCUAACCUGGAGUAUUUGGAUCUUUCUAAUAACAAAAUCCAAAAUAUUUAUCAUGGAGACUUGCAGGUUCUACAUCAAAUGCCCCUACUCAACCUCUCUUUGGACUUGUCCCUGAACCCUUUAGACUUCAUCGAACCAGGUGCCUUUAAAGAAAUUAAGCUCAAUAAACUGACUAUGAGAAGUAAUUUUAAUAGUAUAGAUACAAUGAAAACUUGUAUUCAAGGUCUGGCUGGUUUAAAAAUCAAUAGGUUGGUUUUGGGAGAAUUUAAAAAUGAAAGGAACUUGGAAAGUUUUGACAAAUCUGUCAUGGAAGGACUGUGCAAUUUGACCAUUGAACAAUUCCGGAUAGCAAACAUCAGAGAAUUCCCAGAGGAUGUUACUGACUCAUUUAACUGCUUGGCAAAUGCUUCUAUGAUUUCUCUGUUGAGUCUGUAUUUAGAAAAUCUAGAAGCCAUUCCUGAAGAUUUCAGAUGGCAACACUUAGAAUUAGUUAACUGUAAAUUUGAACGAUUUCCCACACUGAAGCUCAACUCUCUCAAAAAGUUUGUUUUCAUACACAACACAGGCAUGAGCACUUUUGUUAAAACUGAGCUACCGAACCUUCAGUUUCUAGCUCUCAAGGGAAAUGAUUUGAGUUUCAAGGGUUGCUGUUCUCACACUGAUUUCGGGACAACCAAACUGAAGUAUUUAGAUCUGAGCUUCAAUGAUAUCAUUACCAUGAAUUCAAACUUCAUGGGCUUAGAGCAACUAGAACAUCUGGAUCUCCAGCAUUCCACUUUGAAACAGGCCAAUGAUUUUUCUAUCUUCCUAUCACUCAGAAACCUUCAUUACCUUGAUAUUUCUUAUACCCAGACCCGAAUUGUCUUCCAUGGCAUCUUUCAUGGCCUGGUCAGUCUCCAAACCUUAAAAAUGGCUGGCAAUUCUUUUCAGAACAACUUGCUGCCUGAUAUUUUCACAGAGGUGACUAACUUAACCAUCUUGGACCUCUCUAAGUGCCAACUGGAACAGCUAUCCCAGCGGGCAUUUGACCCCCUCACUAAACUGCAGGUGCUAAAUAUGAGUCACAACAAACUCUUGUCAUUGGAUAUACUUCCUUAUGAACCUCUCCGCUCCCUCCAGAUUCUAGACUGCAGUUUCAAUCGUAUUGUGGCCUCCAAGGAGAAAGAACUACAGCAUUUGCCAAGGAGCCUCGCUUUUUUAAACCUUACUCAGAAUGACUUUGCUUGUGUUUGUGAACACCAGCAUUUCCUGCAGUGGCUCAAGGACCAGAGGCAGCUCCUGGUAGAAGCUGAACAAAUGGUGUGUACACAACCUUUAGACAUGCAGGAUAUGCCCGUGCUGAGUUUCAGGAAUGCCACCUGUCAGAUAAGCAAGAUGACCAUUAGUGUGUCGGUCCUCACUGUACUUCUGGUAUCUGUGGCAGGAGUCCUGGUCUACAAGUUCUAUUUCCACCUGAUGCUUCUUGCUGGCUGCAAAAAGUAUGGCAAAGGUGAAAACAUCUAUGAUGCCUUUGUUAUCUACUCCAGCCAGGACGAAGACUGGGUGAGGAAUGAACUUGUAAAAAACUUGGAGGAGGGGGUGCCGCCCUUUCAGCUCUGCCUUCACUACAGAGACUUUAUUCCUGGUGUGGCCAUUGCUGCCAACAUCAUCCAGGAAGGUUUCCACAAAAGCCGGAAGGUUAUUGUGGUGGUGUCCCAGCACUUCAUCCAGAGCCGCUGGUGUAUCUUUGAGUAUGAGAUUGCCCAGACCUGGCAGUUUCUGAGCAGUCGUGCCGGCAUCAUCUUCAUCGUCCUGCAGAAGUUGGAGAAGUCCCUGCUGCGGCAGCAGGUGGAGCUGUAUCGUCUUCUCAGCAGGAACACCUACCUGGAGUGGGAGGACACUGUCCUGGGGCGGCACAUCUUCUGGAGACGGCUCAGAAAAGCCUUGCUGGAGGGUAAGGCAUGGAGUCCAGAAGGAACAGCGGAUGCAGAGAGCAGCCAGCAUGAAGCGACAACCUCUGCCUGAGGAGGAGAAACUCCUUAAGUGCUUCUUGCCCAGCUAGACCCAGAGCUUGUUCAGCUAACAAGUAUUAAAUGCUGCAACAUAGCAGGCCUUGUGCUAAGGGCCAGUGGUUCAGUGUGCACAAGAUAUACAGGACUGCUAAUUCCAUGGAGUUUACAAUGUAGAGGGAGUAAACACUGUACUGAAAUAAAGAACUUCCAGGAGGCUGUUGAAACCAAUCCAACUAAGUGGUCCAGGACAGGGAAAGUCAACUCAACUCUUACCCAACAACACCGAAUUAGAACUCAGUGAGAUCAGAACAGGACAGAGUUCUCCAAAGUCUUUUGAGCAGAAACCACCUCAUGUUAUAGGUUUCAGCCUUGUUAAAAGACAAUUGUUUUUGUAGUUUCAACUGAACUGGGUCUUUGCUUGCUUUUCCCUUUUCUAUUGAACACAGUGUAAAUUCUACUUGCUGACUCAGAAGGUUCCUGAUUCAGAUACCCCCUCCACUUUAAGUCAGUUCACAAAUGUCCCAGUCAUUCCUUAGCAUGUUCUAUUUAUUAACUAAUAGUCCCUGAUAUAUUUUUGCUUUUAAAAAUCCAGUUCUCAUUUUUCAUGUCUUCUCUAUAAAUCCGUAUCACAAAUAAGGCUGUUAGAGACAUGCUGGAAAUACCCAUAUUUAACCACUAUCUUUUGAGCAAAUACGUAAAAUACACUGUCACUUUGUCACUUGAUGUCAUUCUGAAGUUAAUACCUACUAAGUUAUGACUGUCAUGAAGGUAGCAUUAAAAUAAUUUGGUUGAAAGUGGCACUUAGAGGGAGACAAGUCCAACUUCCUGGUCUCAUAAUGAGCAAUUUGGCCUAGAGGUGGGGCAAGAGGUGGGAUGCCCUCAGGAGGUCAGCUCUUCUGGAUGACGCCAGGAACACGUGGGCUGAUACAGCUGCGGUGACCACACGAUGAGAGUUGCAGCAAAGGUUUCUUCUGCAGCAAAUGAAUUUUGUUGGGUGGACCAUCAAAUCCUUCAGGGGACUGUGAAAUGGUUUCAGGUAGGGAGCACACAUUGUUCCCUCCUGUUGGGCGUCACUCCAUGACCACAUUUAGGAAAGAGCAAAUGUUAUCAUUGUAAAAAUAAUAUCCCUGAGGUUACUUUGGGCCAUGUUAAGGGGGAUUCUUAGAAAAGCACACUUACCCAGCUUCCCCAGAAUCAUGCAUGCAAAGAAAGAGCAAUGAGGACAUUUGGAAAAUACAGCUGUCAAAAACUGGAACUACGGCCACACUCAGGAGUGUGCUUGUGACUGAGUGUUCCAGAGUGUUUUGAUUGGAGCGUAGCUGGAGUUGCUGAGCAUGCCCAGGUGUGUUUGUAGGUCUUACAUGGUAGAGAAAGGGGAUGCAUGUAUGUGUGCAUGUGCCUCUGUGUGUUCCUAUUCAUGUUUGUGUGAUCCUGGCUGCACAGAAGAACAUGUGAUUAUAUUACAAGGGGAAUAUGUGCAUGUGAUGUAAAGAUAUCCAGCUGUUUGGGACAGGUCCUCACUCUUGUGUUUGUAUGUGAUUGCUUAUAUACAAAUGUCUACACUGAAUUCCAAGUAUACUUGAAGGCAUGUG